CUGGCUAGUCGUUUUGAAAUGAGAGCGGAACUACGUUUGUGUAGGGACCCGAGCUUGCUGGGACCCUUAAAUAAUAAGGAAAGCCCGCGAAGUAUUGUUGUUUACUCAGAAUUCCCAGAAAGGCCACACCAAAACACAGGCGAUCGGGAAAUACCUAGUGCUUAAUUUAAGCCUGUACAAACUUAGCUUUACGGGCAGAGGCGGCGUGCAAGCAGCGCUGUCGCAUGCUAUAUGUACAGGGGUAUCUUAGUUCGGAGUUUGCCCACCGGCAAAAUUAUGUUUGCGUGUUUUGGACUGAGCAUAUAAAUAAGUUACUUAUGAUGACUCGCUAGUCAGUCGUUGUGUGGUUUAUCUAUAUUAGACACGCAGUCGUGUUAAGAUACUUAAAAUAGGGAUUUUUUAAAGUGUGAAGAGUUCUUUCAAGUCCAACAUGUGCUACAAAGGUAAUUUCCUCCAUUGCAUCCCAAUCGAGUGGGCCUGCCUCGCACUGGGCAUUUUGAAUGUGAUCGCCAAUAUUCUGAUUUUGGUGUGCUAUGCUUUCAUCUGGUUUAUCAUAUUGACCAUGUCAGCGCCAGGAACAUUAACAUGGUGUGGUUUAUUCGGUCGUCACUCUUACCGUGGUUGGAUUCCUGAAGUGUUCAUAUACGUCAUAGUGCCAAUCGCUGUUCUUCUCAACUUAAUCUUCUCCAUUCUUCUCUGCAAUGGAAUAUGUCAACGUCGACCAAGGCAAGUGAAAGCUUACUUCAUGUACGGUGUGGGGAUCACCGUACUAGCGACCCUUGUGUCCGUGAUGCUUCUCAGUUGCGACAGCGAGCAGCUGGGUCUACGCCGUUACACUGACCCCGGGGCUGAUGUCCAGUUCAGGACAGCUCAGGGGCUCUGGCUGCUGUUUGGAUGUGUUCUCCAUUCGUUGUUCCUGGUACUAGUCCACCAGACGCACAAGAAUCUCAAAGAGAGGGAGUCCUUCGAUCCCGUCCACCUACAGGAAUUAAGCGGCACAAAACAAGGGCUUCACGUAUAGACAUACAGUAUACCAGGGUGGCUACCACGAACAUCUGCGACCCUGUCGUCCGAUUGGUGAACGAGAUACACACGUAAGUGUAAUAAAUAGAGAUGAAAGAAAGUCGUCCAAUGUUGAAUUUUCGCGGGAGCCGAGCCGUUCAGGCUGGCCACUCGACGGGUGAUCCUGUGUUAGCAAGAGAUCUAUGACAUGUAUGAUGUGUGUGUAUGAUGAGAUGUACUAAUUAUACAUAAAUUAGAAGAUGUAAUGAGUUAAUGAACACUAGUCCCCUUUUACACUAUUUUAUAAGUUAAAUGUAACUAACAACUACUUACAUGGAUUUAUAUCCGAAAUAAAAUGAUUUUAUUUUUAUUUUUUAUUUUGUUUUCCCUUAGGAAUUGCAGUAUCUACUUAUAUUUAAGAUAGACAACAAGAUUUACAAAUGUUUCUUAAUUUAUAAUUAUCAAUCUUACCUACUCUUUUACUAAUUUUAGUUUAGGGAUGAUAAUGUAAAAAAAACUUAAAGUUUUGGAGGAAAAUGGACGUGGUAUGGACACAUAGACGGACAGACGUAAUUAGACCAAUGUAUAAAGGUGAACUUAUAAGGGAUUCCAUCCAGGUAACCUGCAUUGUAUAGUAUGUGCGGAAAGAGCUUUGGAAUGCCUCGGGCCCCAUACAUUCCACAAAAUUCUUCUCUUUCUGAACAGACUAGAGUCUGUUCCUACUCAAUUCAGACUUAAGGAUAUCUGUACCAACUUAAUGUUAGUUCCAAAGAUAUCCUUGAUUCUAAAUUGAUUAGGUAUUGUAGUGCAUAGAAAAAUUGUAUACAUAAAAACAUUUUGGCUGUUUGGUAGGUAUAGGUACUAUGAAUGUGUUGGGAUUGUGGAAAA